AUGGCUUACUGCACUAAGCCCCUGAAGAUUAUCACACAGAAUUGCAGAGGACUCAACAUCCCUGAGCGCAGGACACACCUGCUGAGAGAAAUGAAGAAAAAACAUGUGUCGAUUGCCUUACUGCAAGAAACUCACUUCAAGGAGGGGACGCAUCCUAGGCUACGGAAUAGGCACUACCCCAAUAAUUGCUUUUGCAACCAUCCCACGUCAUACAAAACCGGAGUGGCCAUUCUCCUGGCGGCUGAUCUGGAAUUUACAGAACUAGACCGAGUGCAAGACUCGCAAGGAAGAUACCUCUUCCUUAAAGGUGUUAUAGCGGAGAAGAUAUAUACACUAGCCUCCAUCUAUGUACCCAAUAAGAGGCAGGCUCCCUUCCUCCGAAACACUCUCCACCAGCUGGAAGACUUCACGGAUGGGAUACUAAUAGUGGGUGGUGAUUUCAACGCCCCACUUGACCCGACACUGGAUUCCUCAACGGGUCAUAGCUGCCUACCACAGCAUACUAUCGGGUCCAUUCGAUGAUCGAUGGAAGCCUUGAGACUGGUGGACUGCUGGAGGACGCUACACCCCUCAACAAAAGAUUACACCUACUAUUCAGCACUUCACAACCGAUACUCACGCAUCGACUAUCUAUUUGUCGCUCAGGAGGGCCUCUCUCACCUAUUAGGAGCCGACAUCACUCCGGCCACUUGGUCGGAUCAUGGAUCUGUCGAGAUGGAAUUGGAUUCCCCCCUGUACAAACCAAAGGGGUGGACCUGGAAACUAAACAAAGCCCUGUUACUAGACCUGGACACCAAGGAACAACUACGCCAGGCAUUGGAGCAAUAUUUUUGA